AUGAGUCCGCGGAAGCGCCCACGAGCAGCUCCUUCAGACGGCAAUCCCCCUCCACCAACCGACUCGACAUCCUCGUCCUCGUCCUCUCUGCCGACGCCAAGUCCUGCACAAGCCAACUCGGCCUCGCAGGCCAGCGAUGCCUCCGCCGAUUCGGUGAUGGCGCGCAGCCCAACAGACGCAAUGGCGCCCAGCGUCGCCGAGAGUACCAGCAAUGCGAGUCGCUACGCUUCGUUCAAAGAAUCGAACAACAAGAAUCGCAGCCGGUACAGCUCGUGGCCGCGCAAGUCCACGGCGUCGACACAAGUUGCUCGCGAGACGAUCCUGGGCGGCACGUUGAAGCCCAGUGCCACGUCCAACUUGAGUCGUUUUGACACUCGGAAGGCCGGCGACGAUGGCCCGGACGACAACCUAAAUUCCAGUGGACCUGCGUUAUCUCGGACACCGUCAACGACGACGUCAACUGGGGCCAGCGGUGUUGCGAAAAGCAACGGAGCGGCGUCAAUGCAGGGCAGCGGACGCGCCGAGGCUGCAAUGACACAUGCGACUGCCAAAGGCACGACAGGGAAUGGUGCAUCGAAGUUGGCAUCCGAUGUGUCGGCAAGCGCUCUGGACAGUACGGAACCUGUUGCGGCAGCAGACGUCAUGGAUACGACACAAGACGACGGCGCACCAACUGUCGAUACUUCACAAACGCCAGCACAAGCCGCAGGCUGGUUCUCUUGGGGACGGAAGGAGGCAGCGCAAGCAAAGCUACCAGUGGCCGAAGAUUCUUCUCGUCAAACACCAGAGAUGCCAAAGAGCGAAGAUUCCCAGGCUUCGUCGACUUCCCACGCCGAGGCUCCACAAGGCGCGCCGGCUCCACAGUCAGUCGAACGCCCAACAACGUCAGGAGGCAUGUGGACCUACCUAUGGCCGAACAGUGCACAUGCUACCACACCAACCACGACGAAGACGCAAGAAGCUGGGAGAGUCGGCGAGAGCGACCAAAAGAGUACCACAGCGGAAAGUACGGAUACCACACAGCCCCAAGACGUUGACAUGGAAGAUGCCCCGUCAGCACCUAUCCCGGUCCCCACGGUUUCGUCAGCAUCAAGCACCGUAGGCGCAAACAAUGCAUCUGGACCAGCGACGGCAACAGGAUCGGUUGGUUCAACUUGGGCAUUCUGGUCGCGAGAUGCGAGAAAAACAACGGGGAAAUCACCCGAGUCGACGGGCUCCAAUGACCAGGGUGAGAUUGCCAUCAUUGGCGAACGAUCGGAGGCAAACCCUAAACCAGCUGUCUCGGGUCUCAAGGUGAGCAACGAUAAGACCCCGUCCAAGGCGUCGUCCAUGAAGGACGUGCCCGUGAAGGGUGCAGCAACGAAGGACGGGUUGAGCAAGGAGGCAUCGGUCAAGGAAGCUGCUAGGAAUGCCGCUUCGAUCGCUGCUGCUGCUGCUGUUGCCGCCGCUUCCUCAAAGAAGAACAAACGAUUGCGACCGAAAUCGAUGGAAAUCGACGAAGCCUCCAUCCCAGGAUCCCCUGCGCAAGAAGUCCAGAUUCAUACUCCAUCAAAGAGCAAUGAGUCUCUGCCACUGCCCUCUAAACACCAUCAGAUUACUUCCAGCGCUGCCUCCACUUCUGGCUCCAUGGCAAAGGGCCAGUUGGCACCCGCUAAACCGCCGCCACCGAAUCUCCUGUUCCCAUCGUUCCGGAGCACAUACCGUCUCAAGGACAAUCCGUCUAUUCUCAAGCAACUUGCUCAGCUCCUGCUGCGGACGCAACAGGCACCGGCCAAUCAUGUUUUCUUGUCCAAGGAUCUCCCCAAGGUGAAGAAGGCCGUCGCCAUCGGCGUCCACGGCCUUUUCCCAGCGGCCUACUUGCGCCCCAUGAUCGGCCAACCAACGGGCACGUCGAUUCGGUUUGUCAACCACGCCGCUGAGGCAGUGCGGCGCUGGGCUGAUCGCAACGGGUGCGAAGACUGCGAGAUUGAGAAGAUUGCGCUCGAAGGCGAGGGCAAGAUCGCCGAUCGCGUGGACAACUUGUGGAAGCUGCUUCUCAACUGGAUCGAUCACAUCCGGAACGCCGACCUGGUUGUCCUUGCCUGCCACUCGCAGGGCGUGCCGGUUAGUUUUAUACUUCUAGAGAAGUUGAUCGACAUGGGUAUCGUGACCAAAGCACGUAUUGGUGUUUGUGCCAUGGCGGGCGUCUCGCUUGGGCCAUUCCCGGACUACAAGGCAGGCCUCGGCAUCCUCAUGGGCUCUGCAAGUGAGCUUUGGGACUUUGCCAACCCAGAAAGCGAUGUAUCAAAACGAUACGAGCACUCGCUUAAGACGGCUCUGAAUUACGGCGUACGGGUGACCUUUGUUGGAAGCAUCGACGACCAGGUCGUGCCCCUAGAGACCGCUAGUGUCAGCAAGCCCGUUUGUGAAAUUGCCAAACAUGGCAGCUUGACCAACCCGAACCCGUAUCACUUGCCGUGGAUUAUGCGUGGCCUCCUCGAAGAAGACUUUGUCAAGACGGAACUGCACGCCGAGACGGCCGAGUUGGUCAAGCAGUUUGACGACUGGAAACCGGUAACUAAGGCACUCAAAGACGUCAAGUACAGACUAGAAGCGGUACGCUCCAGACUGUAG